AUGGCAGCCAACGACGGAGGCGAUGCUCCGCGAUUCCUCGCCCCGCCCGCCGUCACGGCCCUCAGGGCAGAAGCCGCCGAGCCACGCCGCGUCUCGAUGGAGCGUUCCUUUAGCGAGGACAUGCGAGCCGAGCGCGAUGACCUCCGUGAAGCCGCCGAACAAACGUUGAACGUGAUUUUGGACAUGGGCCUCGAUGGCCGCGUCAAAUGGGUCAGCCCGUCCUGGAGACAGGUGAUCGGUACCCAGCCAGAAUCGGUGGAGGGCAGGGUAGUUUCUGACCUGCUCUGGACGAACAAGACGUGUUUUCAGGAUUCUAUCAACUCGAUGAAGGAGGACGAUUCUCGAAGCCGUUUUGUCCGUUUUUCCGUCCGCAUGGGUCCCCAUUCCAUGUUGAGAUCCAGGGCAAAUCGCCCAGAACAAGAGGAUGACACCCAGAAGAGCGAGAGUGAAACCAUGGUUGCAGGAGAGAUGGACGAGGAAGAAGCACAAGAAGACAAUGACGAGAAUGUGCUCAAUAUGGAAGCUCAAGGAAUCAUGGUUUACGAUCGCUCCGGUGACGGCGAAGGACAUACCAUGUGGAUGCUGCGACCCUCUACGUCACCGAAAGAAGUGACUAUCGAUCUUCCUCCACUCCUAGUGGAAUCCCUCGGUGUUGGCGCAGAAGUCCUAGCAAACCAUCUGACAACCCUCGCCGAAAAAGGCGACGAAGCCAGAACCACAAAAGAAAGCAUCCCAACGCCCAUUCUAUGUCGAAUUUGUGAACGGCAGAUCACCCCGUGGUGGUUCGAGAAGCAUUCGGAACUGUGUUUGCAGGAACACACCGCUGAGAUGGAAGUACAAAUCGCCCAAGAGAACCUCGACGAACACCGCCACGCCAUUGUCAGAGUACUCGACGCACUGGAGGCCCGUCAGGGACGACCCCUGUCCGCCGACAACCAGUCGCCCUCUCGAGCAGAAUACAAGGGCCUCCCCAUUGGUCCAUCUCCAGCCUCGUCAGGGCCGGCCUCGGCUCCCGGCUCUUCCCCUGCAACACCGCCUCUAUCGCGAGACCCUUCUACCUCCGGCUUUGGUCAUGGACGAGGUCGUUCUUUUGCAGUCCGGAGACCUUUAGCACGAAUCGCUGAGCUUGUCCUAGACCUCUGCGACACUGCCUUGGAAAUUAGCACCCCGGCACUCAAAGAAACCCGGGGAGACAGCGCCGAAGAAUUGCGGACCUUGUCGCCACAAUCGGAAUCUCGUAUUUCCCAGGUCCUUCAAUGGCAGUCUCCCAGCAGCAACACGCUGGAACAAGAACAGGGCCUUGCCGCUCUAUCUGCCGACACUGAACAGGUCGCCAAAGCCAAGGUCGAAGCUGUUGUCCGUCAUCGCCGUAUUGUCGAGUACGCUGAGAGAAUCCGAGUGGAAUACACGGUGAUGGUCGAAGAAUGCAUUGAAGCCGCCCUAAACAAAGCAGAGCGUAUUGCGGCGGGUGACUUGUCCGACUCUUCGACAUCUUCGUACGAUGAGGAGAUAGAGGAGGAGACACUAGAUCAGCCGGAGCGAGAGCAGCCGGACUCCUCUCAACCCCCCGAAUCUGUUGCUUCUGCUGCCUCUCAACCCCAAGAGAUCGCCGAAGGAACUGCACGUGUUUCAUCAGAUCCUUCAUCAAGCUCUCAGUCACCGCGACGUGGCUCGUCGGUCGCUGUCUCGACUCGCUCUGCGAGCCCGUUGGAAUGCCCGACUCCUCGCUCAUACAAAAGUCUUAGUGGCUUGUUGGGGUCUUCUCACCCGACCAAACGCGGAUCACUGCUAGCCGAGAGUGAUUACGGCGACAAUAGCGAUAGCAGCAGUGUGCCCUCAUCUUCACUGAUUGCAGCAGCGAUCAGGAACGAAUCCCCAUCAUCCGAGAAAGGAAUAUCGCGCGCAACGAGUUCUAAGAGCAGAAAACGCAAAAGUCUCAUAUUGACCAAUUUAUCAAGUUCUCCGCGCCGACAGCCUUCACCCGCUCGGGCUCCAGGACCAGGCUCUCCGUUGCGACUUUCAAAGCCUCGUCUCCCCAGUGGUGAGAGUAUGCCGUCUCCAAGCAUCUCUCCCUUGCUGUCGACAAACGAUUUGGCCGCUCACGGAUUACCGCCACACCAGUAUAUGCAUUCUCACAUUCAUCACCACCGCCGACAAUCCUCGACGGCAUCGUCGGACGUCAAGGCUCCCAUUUCCCCACACUUAAGUUCGGUGAGCCAGCCUCAGCCUCGCCCGGCACCCCCGUCAAUCAAAGAUUUCGAGAUUAUCAAGCCCAUCAGCAAAGGUGCCUUUGGGAGCGUCUACCUUUCCAAGAAGAAGUCUACAGCCGAAUAUUUUGCUAUUAAAGUGCUCAAGAAGGCAGACAUGGUGGCCAAGAAUCAAGUCACAAACGUUAAAGCAGAGCGGGCAAUCAUGAUGUGGCAGGGUGAGAGCGACUUUGUUGCUAAGCUAUACUGGACCUUCUCGAGUAAAGAAUAUCUCUAUCUAGUGAUGGAGUAUCUCAACGGCGGUGAUUGCGCUUCUCUGGUCAAGAUCCUUGGUGGCCUGCCUGAGGAUUGGGCUAAGAAAUACAUCGCUGAAGUUGUCCUUGGACUUGUCCACCUGCACAACCGAGGAAUUGUGCAUCGUGACCUGAAGCCAGAUAACCUUCUCAUCGACCACAGCGGUCACCUCAAACUAACCGACUUCGGCUUAUCGCGCAUGGGUCUCGUUGGUCGUCAAAAGCGCGUGUUGAAAAGCCCAGACGAGUCGGCGCCGGAUUUACUGAAACAGGGACCUUUUCCGCGAGCAAUGUCGAUGGCUUCUUCAAGAUCUGCUUCUUUUGAUUUCCAAGGUGGCCACUCGCCAAGUUCGACCCCCAUCAUGGCUCCAGAUACCGCGGGAAGCUACAACCAGCCCUCAUAUUUCAGUCUCAAUCAAACCCGGGAGGGUUCAGGACGCGCAUCUGGCUACCGAAGUGAUAGCGGUGGAAGUGACACUUUACACGCAAUUUUCCGUACCUUCUCAUUAAAUGAAGGAACAGAGGCACCCGCACCACUGCCACCUCCGUCUCAAGCGGCCACUGAAGAUGAAGCUCCCAGCGAAGCAGGGGAAUCUCCACAUCUAGUCCCAGUAAGCCAGCCUAUCAGCACUGCAUCGCACAACACCCCGCCGUCGCAGUCCAUGCCACCUCCUCCAAUGGCUUUGUUUGAUCCCGAAGACCACAAUCGAAGAUUUGUCGGUACCCCCGACUAUUUGGCCCCUGAAACCAUCAACGGCGUCGGUCAAGAUGAAAUGAGUGAUUGGUGGUCAUUAGGAUGUAUCCUAUUUGAGUUCCUCUUCGGGUAUCCUCCCUUUAAUGCCUCGACACCAGAUGAGGUUUUUGAGAAUAUUCUACACAGACGGAUCAACUGGCCGGAUGAAGCCCAUGAAUUGGCCUCCCCAGAAGCACUUGACUUGAUGAAUAAGCUAAUGACCAUCAACCCUGAGCAACGCCUGGGAGCCAACAUUGAAGAAAAAUUCCCGAACGGUGGUGCGGAAAUCCGUGCCCAUCCAUGGUUUGUCGAUAUCAACUGGGAGACCUUACUCGAAGAUAAGGCAGAAUUUGUCCCUAACCCAGAAAACCCGGAGGACACCGAGUACUUUGAUGCCCGCGGUGCCACUCUGCAGUCAUUUGAAGAUAUCGAAGACCAACAGCCUGCUCAAUACCCACUGUCGACAGGGGAGUAUCCAGACCGGCCGCAUGACGCGCUCUCCAAGGUCCGCACUCAAGCAAACUCGGGAAAAAGAGGGCUCAUGCCGCUACAUAUCCCCCCGCACGUUCGAGAUACCCGCAGUCGACGUCUCAGUGAACCCGUCUUGGAUGACGACUUUGGGAACUUCAACUUUAAAAACCUGUCCAUGCUGGAGAAAGCUAAUAAGGAUGUUAUCCAUCGAUUACGACAGGAAGCCAUGCAGGCUCAGCAACGACCGGUACAGCAGGCAACCGUGUCUCCAACCCCGCCUAGUUCUGCACCAUCUCUUGAAAGUAGUCCACUUCUUCCGAUGCCGCUACAGCGCACCCUCUCACAGAACAAGGGCAAUCGACCCGUUUCUCCAUCUGGAUUUAGCCAAACCGGCUCCUCGCCUAACCGGCCCUCACAACCCUCUUCCCCGUUGUUGGUCCAAUUUAGUACCGGCCAGAAUCACGAACGCAGAAAGACUUCCGGGUCGUCCUCGGCGCAGUCGCAACAAUCGGUUGGUUCCAUGCCUGAGAAACUUGGAGAUAUCCCGCGUCUAACAACUAGUGUCAAGCUUGCUUCCUCAGCGCCUUCGCCCAACAAGGCUACUAGGAUCCCCGCUCAAUCUCCGGACAAGAACGUUCCAGGCCCCCCCUCGCUCUCUGCUUCAUCAACUACCGUCUCAACACCAUCGGCUGGGAUCCGAGCAAGAUCACAGACAAUGGGGUCCCAGGACACUGAGGCGCACCAGAUUUCCGGAAAGGAGCCAUUUAUCCCUGGUCAUCAUAAACGUCGAAGUCAGCUAUUUGAUAUUUCGCCCUCCUCAUCCGACAACGAAGAUCCUCGUACUAAAGCGCUCUUGAAGGUACAAAGAAGACGCCAGAGCUCUAGGAGACUAUCCCAAAUAAACCUAUUGGAUGGACCAAGUUUCCGUCCUCUGGAUGUGCUGAUUUGUGAGGAUCAUCCAGUCUCUAGGCUAGUUAUGGAACGCCUUUUUGAAAAACUGCGUUGUCGCACCAUCACCGCGCUUAACGGUUCUGAGGCGAUGCGAUACGCUUUAAGCGAAGUCCAAUUCGAUAUCAUCAUGACUGAGGUCAAACUUCCGCAAAUAAAUGGAGCAGACGUGGCUCGUAUGGUGCGUGAGACUCGGAGUGCCAAUCGGCAUACACCUAUUAUCGCCGUGACAGGGUAUUUGAAAGAUCUUCCGGAGGCACAUCAUUUCAACUCUUUGGUCGAAAAGCCACCAACUUUGACCAAAUUGACAGAGGCAUUGUGUCAGUUUUGCCAAUGGAAGCCGCCACCAAAGGACUACGUUCCAGUACACUCCUUGAUGAUUCCUCCCCCGAUUCCCCGCAGCCUCAUGCAUACCGAGGACAGCCCAAGCUCGACAUCGUCUGGUUUCCACCCGGUUCCCUCUAGUUCUUACAGAGGCUCGAGUCGUGCAGAUUCUGUUGGAAGCAGCUACUUUGGUGACAUGGAUUCAAUCAAGGCUGAAGACGUUCCCGUCAUUAUCAGCCGUCACACAGAUAGUUGGGGAGAUGUAUCGGAUGGACUCGGAAUAGAAGGUGCUGCUGCGGCACCCUUGCCAAUCGAAACCAAACCAAACCCGAGCACUGUCAAUCCUGCACCUCCCCCUAUACCGCAGUUAGGGCAUACCCUUUCAGCACCACCUACGUCUGCAAUGCCUGGUACGAUCACCCCACGUAAACAGCGGUCGAGUGAGGCAAUUCGCGCGAAACGCGAAGUCUUAGAGAAUCGUCGUUAUGAAUGUGCUGAAUCCGGGGAUGACGAGGACGAGGAACUUGGCAGUCACCAUGUCCGCCAUCGUAGCCCAGCACAUACAUCAAAAGGGCCCCGAUCUAGUUCAAAGCUCGGCAUUGAAAUGAUGCGGACAAAUAGCCGUGGAAGCGUUGUUAGCGGCAGCGAAGAGUUGAUCGCCAAGGAAAAAGCAUCUCCUAGUCCGGAGUCAGACAUUCAAGAGCUUGGGGAAAGACUCGAAGCCUUUCAACUUCCUGAAGAUGAGCUUGCUCCUGGGAAGCAACAGGAUGAAGUAGAGUCACCGCGCUCUUCAAAGUCACCCGAGCAGUGGCGACGUUCAGCUUUAGAGCCUCUCCACGAGUAUCCUUCAGAGACACGGACUUCAAUAACGAGUUGGCCGACAUCGGUUCCGCAAAUUUCCACACCCUCCAAAGACAGCAACUCGACCGAAGAAGCGAAUGAUACCGCAAAAUUAGAGCUUCCACUGACGCCCGAGGAAAAUACGGACCUUGACUCUGCCACCGAUCCCGACGCUACGCCUCGACCAGUGCCUACUACCCCAGCCAUGUCGGAUAUCGGCGAUGCUACACCACGUGUAGGCCGUAGCAUCCUUCCAUGGAAACGACGAUAG